CACACUUUACUUUGUUUCUUAGAAGCAUUACCUCCCUCCACCACCAACCACCGAUAUGGCACUUGUCCGCCACCGCCGCCAUCCUAAUCUCCGCCUACCCCUCCCGGAGAUCUCUGAGCGCCGCCCCCGCUUCCCUCUCCCCCUCCCUCCCACCGCCGCUAAACCCGCCGCCGGAGAAGGCAUCACCGCCGCCGACCUCGAAAACCUCGCCGUGCUCGGCCACGGCAACGGCGGCACCGUCUACAAGGUCCGCCACAAGACAACCUCCGCCACCUACGCGCUCAAAAUCAUCCACAGCAACGCCGACGCCACCAUGCGCCGCCGCGCGUUCUCGGAAACAUCCAUCCUCCGCCGUGCCACCGACUGCCCCCACGUCGUCCGCUUCCACGGCUCCUUCGAAAAGCCCUCCGGCGACGUCGCCAUCCUCAUGGAGUACAUGGACGGCGGCACCCUCGAGACCGCCCUCGCCACCAGCGGCACGUUCUCAGAGGGAAGGCUUGCCGCGGUGGCGCGUGAUAUCCUCGAGGGCCUCGCGUGCCUCCACUCUCGCAACAUCGCGCACCGCGACAUCAAACCUGCGAACAUCCUCGUAAACUCACAGGGAGAAGUUAAAAUUGCAGACUUCGGAGUCAGCAAACUCAUGUGCCGCACGCUCGAAGCCUGCAACUCUUAUGUCGGCACGUGCGCGUACAUGAGUCCGGAACGGUUCGACCCGGAAGCAUCAGGCGGGAACUACAACGGUUUCGCUGCGGAUAUUUGGAGUUUGGGUUUGACCCUCUUUGAACUCUACGUGGGUCACUUCCCGUUUCUUGAAACGGGUCAGCGACCCGAUUGGGCUACCCUAAUAUGUGCCAUUUGUUACGGCGACCCCCCUAGCCUCCCCGAGACAGCGUCAGCUGAAUUUCGCAGCUUCGUCGAAUCCUGUCUCAAAAAGGACUCCGGUGAUAGGUGGACGGCGGCACAACUCUUGACCCACCCGUUCGUGUGCAAAAACCCGGAAACUCACUAAGUGGGUUGACCCGGUUAAUUUUGCUGAAUGAAUCGGGUCUUGAUAACGUUUGCCUUAUCAAGGAAUAACCUUUUUGAGAUGGUGUAUAUUCCCCCGGAUUCAAUUUGUUUUUUCAGGUUUAGGACAUUCCCUUUGUAAAUUGUGCUCAACGAUGAUUAAAAAUGGAAGUUAGAAUUCAUAAUAGAUAUGAUUAUUUUUUUCUUCAA